AUGUAUAAUUUUAAAGUAUGGCUUUUUGGUGUGUUUGCUAUUAUUAUAAAUAUAAAAAUAUCACCAGUAAUAUCGGGAUUAGUGUCUAUAGGAAGAGGUGAACCACAAGAUGAACAACCAGGUUCAUUCGAAUAUUUCAAUAGCAUGCACCCAAUUUUAAUUAAUGAAGAGUAUCUAAAUGAUGAAAAAUACUGUACGGGAUAUUGUGACCAACUUGACACAACAAAUAGAAACCACUCAAUUUAUUCAAGUUAUCCAAACGAAUGUAAUGGACGACUCCAAUACUGCUGGUUCCACGAGGUCAGUGAAAAACGAAGAGACGCGCAGAUUAAUUUAUUUAUAAAAUCAACUUCAACUAAUUAUGGAUUUAAUCGAGUAUUGCGACAAGGAAUAAGUAUCGCUUACGAUAAGUUAUCUCAUACGGGUAAUAUUUGUAAAUGCAUAUGUGAACGGACAUAUGAUACAAAUCCUGCUACUCCUCGUAAGCAAUUACUUGAUUCCAUAUGUUUCGAUCCAGUUUCCGUUGACGAUGGAUAUGUUGCUACGGGGGUUCGAUUCAAAAGGUACAGUAACGUAAUUCAUCUUCAGCUUCAACAAGGAAUAUUCGCUAAUAAAACAAUUGAUCCGAGUACUGUCCAAUGGAAAAUAAUCAAAAAAUGUGAUAACCAAAAAAAAGUUAUUUAUAAUUUUAAAGACGGUAGUUACAAUGGUUUAAAAAUUCCAUUGGAAAAUUUUUUUCUACCAGAGAAUGCUGUUGUUACAGGAGUAACUUUGGGCAAGUCAUUGAGUGGGCGACGAAUUGAUAAUGGUAAUAUUGAUAUCUGCAAACCUGAGAUAAAAAAAAGAACUCGAUGUAGCGAAGGCUCUAAACCAGUGUACAUUGACUAUAAUUACUGGCCAUCUGCAUGGUCAAUUACACCAAAUAGGAGACAUGAUCUAUUAUGCCCUCAUAUAUUAUUUGAGGGAAAAUUGGACACGUCUAAAAAUGAAAUCCAUGUGGUUCCUUAUGUUGAUAUGCAAGAGAUCGCUUUAAGUCCGCCUGAACCUCUUCGCGGAAUCGGCUGGUACCAUCGCGAUAAUUCUCGUCACGGAUUUUUGGCUUUGAAAAUUUAUAAAACAAUGUAA